UUUUUUUUUUUUUUUUUUUAAUCCCACUUCAUAAUUAUAAAAAUAUUCGGCGGGUGCACGAAUAUUCUUUUCAAUUCGUUUCUUCUAAUCGGGGUUCAAUAUCUCACCUGCUGAGAUAAAUCUUCUCCAGCUUGAUCAAAUUUAGUUUGUGGGGUAUAUUCAGAUUGAUUUAGGGAAAAAGAGCUGAAUUGAAUGCAGAAAAAAUUGCAGAUUUUUUGCAGAAAUCACGAAUUUGAUUUAAUUUGAGGUGUGAGGAGAGGUAAUAAUGGAAUUGAAUGUCGGGGAUGGUGGUGCCGGUGGGGUCGAGAAAUCGUCGCCCGACAUGUUAAAGAAUACGCCGUCGAAUAUAAAGAGGUUGGCUAAUGAGAUUGAGCAGUGUGAGGGCAGGCAGAAGUAUCUUGCUCAUACUAGGAGUCCCUCAGAUGGCGGUGAUGUUCGCUGGUACUUUUGCAAGGUCCCUUUGGCAGUAAACGAGCUAGCUGCAUCUGUCCCUCGAACAGAAGUCAUUGGGAAAGGUGAUUAUUUUCGAUUUGGUAUGAGGGAUUCUCUUGCAAUAGAGGCAUCUUUCUUGCAGAGAGAGGACGAGUUGCUCUCGAGUUGGUGGAAAGAGUAUGCAGAGUGUAGUGAAGGCCCAACAGGACCUAGCACGAUUUCCAAGUCUACCCAACAGACGAAAGAUUUGUUUCCAGAGAGUCCUGAAUAUGCAACUGACGAAGAAAGAGUCGGUGUCCCAGUAAAGGGAGGGUUAUAUGAGGUAGAUUUGGUCAGGAGGCAUUGUUUUUCUGUGUACUCCAGCGGAGAGAACCGGCGGGUCCUACGAGGCCACUGGUUUGCUCAUAAAAGUGGUCAUGAUUGGCUUCCACUGCGUGAGGAUGUUUCUGAGCAAUUGGAGUAUGCAUAUCGCACUCAGGUUUGGCACCGAAGAACCUUUCAGCUUUCAGGUCUUUUUGCUGCUCGAGUUGAAUUACAAGGCUCUAAAGGAUUGCAUGCCCUUUUCACUGGGGAAGACGAUACAUGGGAAGCUUGGCUAAAUGUUGAUGCUUCUGGGUUUUCUGGUGUUGUAGGUUUUGGAGGUAAAGGCGUUAAGUUAAGACGUGGAUAUGCUCCUUGUCAGUCACAGAAACAAACACAGGAUGAAUUCCGUCAACAGAAGGAGGAGGAAAUGGAUGAUUAUUGUUCACAGGUUCCUGUUCGACAUUUGGUGUUCAUGGUUCAUGGUAUUGGUCAAAGGUUGGAGAAGUCUAAUCUGGUCGAUGAUGUUGUGGACUUCCGCCUUGUAACCGCCAGCGUAGCUGAAAGACAUUUAACUACUCACCAACUUGGCAGUCAGAGAGUUCUUUAUAUCCCUUGCCAGUGGAGGAAGGGCUUGACAUUUGACGGUGAAGUUGCAGUCGAAAAAAUCACAUUAGAUGGUGUACGAGGGCUACGUACCAUGUUGAGUGGAACUGUUCAUGAUGUAUUAUACUAUAUGAGCCCUAUCUAUUGUCAGGAGAUCAUAGACUCGGUAUCCAACCAACUUAACAAAUUGUAUUUGAAGUUUCUUAAGAGGAAUCCUGGUUAUGAUGGGAAGGUUUCCAUAUAUGGUCACUCUCUAGGAAGUGUUCUAUCUUAUGAUAUCCUUUGUCAUCAAGAAACUUUGUAUUCGCCCUUUCCGAUGGAUUGGAUGUAUAAAGAACACAAAAAAGGCGAGGCGCCUAAUUGUGUCGAGAAUAACUUAACAUCUAGCUCCAAUUCCGUCUCGAAUUUUGGCAAUGAGAGCUCUGAGAAUAUUGAAAUUGAGAACACACUCAGUCAUCUCGAUUAUCCAGACCUUUUCGAAGAGCCUGUGGAAGGUGCUUUUAAACCACAGAGUCCUCCUGCAUCUUCAGAGUCUGAUGUGUCAACUACAACUGAAAUUGGUUAUCAGCAGACAAUUGAUACCUCGUCGUUAGAUGAAAAUACCAUUGAAUCUUUUGACAAAUCAAAUCACAUUAUGAAUUACCCGAAUACCAUGGGAACUGAAUUACCGCGUGACGACAGUAUCGACGAGAAAGAUUUUUCUGAUGAUAGUAAAGCUGAAACGAUUAAACUGUUGACGGAAGAGAUUGAAUUGCUGAGAGCAAAAAUUAAAGGAUUUGAAACUGAAUGUGCUGGCGAAGCUAAUGCAAAGAAGAGUACAACAGAAGCAAAACAGUCCGAUCCCGAGAAAGUUCAACCUGAGCAUACAGAUUCCUUGAAGAGUUAUACCCCUCAAAUUAGAUACACAAAAUUAGAGUUCAAGGUUGACACAUUCUUUGCUGUUGGGUCUCCUCUUGGAGUUUUUCUCUCUCUACGCAAUGUUCGUAUUGGAAUUGGCAAAGGGAAAGAAUACUGGAAAGAGGAUAAUAUAAAUGAAGAGAUGCCGGCAUGUCGGCAAAUGAUUAACAUCUUCCAUCCUUGUGAUCCUGUAGCAUAUAGACUAGAACCACUUAUAUGCAAAGAAUUUUUGCACAAACAACCUGCCAUUAUUCCUUAUCACAGAGGUGGGAAGCGGCUUAAUGUCGCCUUUCAGGAAUUUAACGAAGGGUUAGCUUCAAGUUCUCGAGCGUUAUUGGAUCACUUGAGCACCAUAAAGGUUAAAGUUCUGAGAUUCUGUGAAUCGAGACACAACGAUGACCAAGACGAUGAAUCUGAAAACACCCAAGAAAAAGAAGAAAGGUCAUAUGGCUCACUUAUGAUGGAUAGACUAAUGGGAAGUGAAGGUGGAAGAAUCGAUCAUGUAUUACAAGACAAAACAUUUCGCCACCCGUACGUAUCGGCAAUUGGCGCACACACAAACUACUGGAGAGAUCACGAUACUGCUCUAUUCAUGUUGAAGCACUUAUAUCGAGAUAUACCAGAGGAAGAACCUGUCUUGCAUAUUGAGGAUCUCAAAGAAGGCAGCUCGAACGAUGAAAAUAGACUGAACAAGUGGUCCGAUCCAAGGGAGGUGGCUGAAGAAGAACUCCCGUUGACUUUUGCUGAUAGUCUCUCCAUAAAGCAUUUCUCUCACAAAGUGAAGAAAAUAGCAAAUAACUGAAUGAUAUAUACAUAUUUUUAGACAACCCAAUUUGUUCCAGUAGUUUUUACGAUUUUCUUCAGGCAAUCAUCUUCAUCGGUUAGAAAGAGGAUCUUCUAUACGCAAAGAAAAGGUUAGGUUUUGUACAACAUAGGACAGAUAUGGAUAGGGGAACGAGUGUACGAAUGUUAAUAUAAAUAUAUUUAUCUUGUUUCCCGUAAAAUACGUAAACAUGGGCGUUUUUACGCUAGUUCCACGUCAGCUAUACUUGGAGACAGAAAACUCAUUCUUGCUCGUCAUUUGAUGAGUGCUUGUUC